AUGAAGUUAUAUGUAUCAUUCCGAAUUGUGUCGAGGUAUAAGACGAAGAAUACAGGCUUUCCAGAUCUUGAUUCUUUCGCACUCUACCCCGCUUCUUUGGUACCGCGGGCACAGGCUCAACCGUGUCUCAAGACUGGGUGCAAGUUACUUCUCUUUACCUUGAAUAGCAAGAAGAAGAAGAAGAAGAAGGAUAAGAAGAAGAAGAAGAAGAAGGAUAAGAAGAAGAAGCAAUAUGUGGACCAAGUUAUUGAUCAUGCUGGUGUUGGCCGUGGCAGUAUCGGCGAGACCCGCGAAUCCCUUGUUCAACAGGAGCACUUCACAAACACGACAACCUGUGACCGGAAGUGCAUGACUACCAUGAUGACUGAGGUCCUGGAGUCCAUGAUGGCAAACGACCCUUUCAGACUUCCAUUGUCCGAGGUUUACAAGGCUACCGAGAACUCACACCCAGCAGCACUCAAUAUGAUGACUCUAUGGCGAACUGUCACUAAAGCCGGCCCCCCUGACCUACUGGCAAUCGAUACCAAGCAGGGUCAGGCAUACUUCUCACUGGACAUCACUGAAGGCAACGGCACAGCUCAAAGCAUUCUCUGGGGCCGAAUCAAAGUCGUCGACCAGCUGUUGACUGAGUUCGAGCUCUUCGUCAAUCGUGGCCGUGGUGAAGACGGUUUUGCCUACGACGCCGAAAAUCUUCCCCAUAAUUAUAAGAGAUGGAUGACCCCACCGAAAGACCGAGUCAAAGCGAGUCGGGCAGAGCUUAACGGGGUAGCUGCAGCAAGUUUCAACUCGAAUGACAAUACCACCAUCAACAUGGCUUCCGACUGUCAAUUCACUGAAAUGGGUUGGAUUGUCAAAAACGCGGCGUGCAACUGGAUGCCAGACCGACCUACCGAUCUAAAUGCACGAACUGUGGUCCUGGACGAGGAACUCGGAAUUAUCGUAACAGCCGGAGUUGUCCCUGGAAAAGUUUAUCCAUAUGCAACAUUCUCCGCCUUUAUUCCAGACUCCAUGGAAUCGUCGCAAAAAACACAGGAUACGUGGUAUGCGAUUCAGAAAUCGGAAGGCUACAUCUACUUGGUGGAGCCAACUGAAGCCCUGGGAACAAGCUUCAACGUCUUCCAAUACUACAACAACGAGCUUCAGGGUGAACAGUUUCUGGUCUACCUGAGCGGUCCGCGCAAUGGGACUGCGUGGGCGUAG